AUGGCUGCUGGUCCAGUUCAAUGGUUUUAUCCUCGCCAAAGCGUGACCACCGACGCCGAUAGUGACGAGAAUGUUGGUUCAACGCGCAAUCAAUCUGCAUCCGCUUCUCAACUUGUUUCGACGUUGGUCCCCACGCUCCUUAUUGCUGUCGCAUUCUUCGCGCUCUUCCUCAUUCUACGUACAAGAUUUCCACGUCAAUAUGCUCCGCGUACGUACUUGGGCGCAUUGCGCAAGCAAGAGAGGACACCCGCUCUGCCCAAAGGCUUCGUGGGCUGGCUCAAAGCACUCAACCAGAUUCCCGACACAUAUGUGCUUCAACACAACAGCUUAGAUGCUUUUUUCCUGCUGCGGUACCUCAAAAUAUCGGUCAUCAUCACCUUCGUAGGGUGUCUAUUCAUCUGGCCUAUUCUGUUCCCUAUAAAUGCAACAGGCGCUGGCGGACGCCAACAACUGGACUUACUCACUUUCGGCAACGUCGACCCCUAUAGCAAUGAUGGUUAUCGAUACUAUGCUCAUGCCCUCGUUGCCUGGAUAUACAUUGGCUUCAUCUUUUUCAUGGUUACAAGGGAAAUGAUAUUUUAUAUCAACCUGAGACAGGCAUAUCUGCUCUCGCCCUUGUACGCUGAGCGCAUGUCUAGUCGAACCGUGCUCUUUCAAUCAGUUCCAAGUCAAUAUGCAGAUGAAGCCAGAAUCCGCAAGAUGUUCGGUGAGCAGCUCAAGAACGUGUGGGUUGCCUCCAGCACUAAAGAACUGGAGGAGAUGGUCGAGAAAAGGACCAAAACGGCUAUGAAGCUUGAAGCUGCAGAGACAAAGCUCGUGAAACUUUGCAAUCAAGCAAGACUGAAACAGCUCAAGAGAGGAAAUGAGGAUAUCGAGGCACUACGGAAUACUGAUGCAGAACUUGGUGGUGAAUCUGGCUCGCUUGCUGCACGUUGGAUCUCGCCGAAGCAGAGGCCUACUCACAGGCUUAAACCUCUUGUCGGGCAGAAGGUCGAUACAAUAAACUGGGCACGUGAGGAGAUCGCUAAACUCAACCCGCUCAUCGAGAAGCAGCAGGACAUAUACCGUGCCGGCGGAGCGGAGCAUCUGAAUGGUGUCUUUGUUGAAUUUUAUCGCCAAAGUGAUGCACAAGCUGCCUAUCAAAUGGUCGCUCACCACCAACCUCUACACAUGUCUCCGAGAAUCGUCGGGUUGCAGCCAGAGGAAGUUAUAUGGAAGAACCUAGGUAUCACGUGGAAGACAAGGACCAUCCGAAACAUUCUGUCGAUCGCUAUCUGCGUGGUCACUAUCAUAUUCUGGUCGAUACCUGUCGCUGUGGUCGGCUCGAUUUCCAACAUCAACUUUUUGGCAACACGAGUUCCUUUUCUAAGCUGGAUUCUGGACAUACCGAGCGUCAUUCUCGGCGUGAUCACAGGUCUGCUACCUGCUGUUGCGCUGGCUAUAUUGAUGUCCCUAUUGCCACCAUUCCUCCGCUUCUUAGGUAAAUUCUCUGGCAAAGCCACCUUAUCUCUGGUCGAACUCCGAUGCCACGAAUCGUACUUCUGGUUCCAGGUUGUCCAGGUUUUUCUUGUUACGACGAUGACUUCUGCAGCGAGUUCUGCGGUGCCUCAAGUCCUCAAUGGUGGCAUCAACCAGGUACCAACAUUGCUUGCUCAGAGCUUGCCAGCCUCGUCGAACUUCUACAUCUCGUACUUCAUCUUGCAAGGGUUGACCUUUGCUUCUGGUGCUUUGCUCCAAAUUGUUGGUCUAGUCUUGUUCCAUCUGCUGGGAAAGAUCCUUGACACAACACCACGAAAGAUGUAUAAUCGAUGGUCGCAACUUUCAAGUCUUGGUUGGGGAACCAUUUUUCCAGUGCUUGAACUGCUCACCGUCAUCUCCAUCGCGUACUCGGCCAUUGCACCAUUAAUGAUGGGCUUCGCCACCAUCGGCCUUUUCCUCUUCUAUUUUGCCUAUCGAUACAAUCUGCUCUUUGUCAAUUCUUCCAUGAUUGACACCAAGGGUCUAGUAUACGCAAAAGCCUUGAAGCAUACUUUGGUUGGAUGUUACCUGAGUGUCAUUUGCCUGAUCGGUCUCUUCGGUGUCGCUGCAGGAGGCAAGGGCAAGGGACCACUCAUCAUGAUGAUUGCUCUCCUAGUAUUCAUGAUCCUUUACCACGUUUCACUGAAUGCAGCAAUCGAUCCGCUUCUGUACUACCUACCACGAUCCCUCGAGACCGAGGAAGAGUCGUUGCUACGACCAGAGUAUACGACAUCGAUGGGCGGACGUAGUGGCCAUGGUGCUGCUGAAGAAACUGCACCUUACGAGAAAGGCUACAAUGUGUGGACUGGAGUAACAGCAAAGGAUACUACUUCCAGCAACCCUCCACCAGCCACCGGUUUUCUGGGCAUGAUCCAUAAAUGGCUGAGGCCCGACAUCUAUGCGUCAUAUUCAGUCAUGCGACAGCUUGUUCCCCGAGACUUUGCGCAAAUCUCAUAUUCUUCGGAGAUUGAGAGGGAUGCCUAUCAACAUCCUGCGGUGACCAACGCGGUCCCUCUGCUCUGGAUCCCUCGGGAUAUCAUGGGAGUCAGCAAGCAAGAGUGCGCUCAUACGAACAAGGUGACACCCGUGACAGACGACGGUGCUACUUUCAACGAUAAGGGCCGCGUCGUCUGGAGUGAGGAAGAGACAGGUGGGAGGCCACCGAUCUGGGAGGACAAGAUCUACUACUAA